UGGCGUCGACCGAAUCCUGGGAAUGCACGGCCUGCGCGGCCAAGAACAUAGACAGCUUGUUCUGCGUCAAGUGUGCGAGUCCCGAUCCCCGCAAUGUCCUCAACUCGCCGACAAGCGUCGAGUCGUGGGCAUGUGCCACGUGUACUCUGCGCAACGAAGCAUACGCGAUGGCCUGCACACUCUGCUACGAGCCGCGCCAGGCCAGGUCGGCGCCAUGGGAUUUCACGACAGACGACAUCGAUCGUGCCGCAUUCCAUGCUGGUGAUACGGAGGAGAUAGACCCGACGCGGCCACCUCCUUCGCAACUUGACACCAAACACGCGACGCCGCAACCCCAGGACAUGACCGCUUGGUGGCCACAGGAUGACGAUGAAGACGACGACGUGGCGGCGAUUCAAGGCGGCGGGGGUGCCAAGAAAAAGACCAAGGCCCAAGUGGCGUACGAAGCCUUCUCCGCUGACCCGACGCAGGCGACGAUCAAGAGUGAGAUCCUCCGCAAACCCCUCAGGGGCCCGAAACUCGCGCCCAAGUACCACAAGUCGCACUACUUUGACGUCGAGGUCGCCAAGGACAUGGUCGUGAAGGAGGUGCUCCGGCGACACCGCGAUGGCCAGCCGGCCCCUGAUUUUCUCACUGAAAUCGUCCCGAUUCAAAAGGCGCUGUGCCACCGCUCCAACUGGCGGCCAUUGCAAGCCACCAAGAACCAGGGCACCGAGCGCGCCGUCGCCGCCUGCGUCAUGACCGACGACGAGACGAUGGCCUCGGGCCACGGCCUCUCCAAGCUCGUGACGGCCUGGCAGCACAUUGAAAAGACUUUGCGCGACGUGGGCUGGGCCUACGCUGCGCUGCGAACGGCAUAUGCGUCCGUGACGGACGAGGCCACGGGUGUCUCGGUGAUUGAGCUCGCUGCGCGCCGCAGUGCUGACCAUGCCGCCGUCGCCGCCGUCGAGGACGCGACCAAGGACGCGUUCGAAGUGCACGUGUUGCAGCGGUUGGCGAAGGACGGACUUCUCUUGCGCACGGCGGACGGUCGCAUCGACAAGCGCUGUGCCGCCGUUCGUAGUGGCGACCUCACGCUCAAGGAGGACGGAAGUGUAGACCAGCGCUGCCGCGCGUACCGCGCAGUGUUGCUGUCCUUCUCGGACGCGACGCGCGACUUGAAGGUGUCACCGACGACGUUCGCGGCGCUCAAGAUCCUUGUGCGCAAAGGUGACUUGAGCUUCACCACAAACGGCAAAGUCGACCGCCGCUGCGCCGCCGUGCAGCGCGGCUUGGUCGUUGUGCGCGCAGACGGAAAAAUCGACGACACGUCGCCCAUCGUGCCCACGGUGAAAGAAGCGGGCGUUGAAGCGGGGCCGCGGCGCAAGGAUGGCGAGCUUGACCGUCGCGCCCCCGCGCCGUCGGGCCCUGUUCGAGCGGACGGCGCGCCUGACAUGCGGUAUGCUGCGAACCGAUCCGCGGUCAGCAACAGCGCCCCCGCGACCCGAGCGCCCAGCAGUGCACCGAGUGGGCCUAUGAAGGCCGAUGGCACGCCGGACAUGCGCUACCGCGCCAACAGGCGAUAG